GCGACUACACCAGUACACCCCAUAAACUCUCCAGGUGUUAAAGCUCUUUCGCGGUAUUUGCAACCUGUCUUGUUCCCGUGUCCUGAUUCCCUCCUUCCAAAUUACGGUCUCUCUAAAACCUCAACGUACUCUGCUCAUCUUCUUCGGAAUCGAUUCCUUCCACUCCGAUUUCUCCUGUUUCUGAUCAUCGUCAUCGUGGAUGCUUGAGAACAGAAGCUCUUGGAUGACUUGACUUUUGGACUGACUUGUCAAUUUUGGUGCGUGAAACGCUUGCUUGCUAUCGUCUGAGAUUGGAUACCAAGAUGGGUUUCAGUUUGGGAUCUGUUGUGGUGAGACUUGGGACGAGAUCAGACCCUGAUCAAGCUUCUGUUGAUUCAAUAACUUUGUUCGUUGCCCUCCUUUCUACUUGCAUAGUGGUUGGCCACCUCUUGGAGAAGAAUAGAUGGAUAAACGGGUCGAUUACUGCCCUUUUGAUUGGUCUAUGUACUGGAAUUGUUCUUCUAUUUACGACAGAGGGAAGAAGCUCACACGUUUUGUUAUUUGAUGAAGAGCUUUUCUUUAUUUAUCUUCUUCCACCCAUCAUAUUCAAUGCUGGGUUCCGGGUUAAAAAGAAGCAGUUCUUUCGGAACUUUAUGACGAUUAUUCUAUUUGGUGCUGUUGGUACUCUAAUAUCCUUUGUCAUCAUCUCACUAGGAGCGAUGCAAUUGUUCAAAAUGUUGGAUAUUGGUUUCCUGGACGUGGGGGAUUAUCUUGCACUUGGAGCAAUCUUUUCAGCCACGGAUUCUGUAUGCACCUUGCAGGUGCUUAAACAAGAUGAGACACCUUUGCUGUAUAGUCUAGUUUUUGGGGAAGGUGUGGUUAACGAUGCCACGUCAGUUGUGCUUUUCAACGCAAUCCAGAAAUUUGAUCUUUCUCACAUUACCUCAAGCAUGGUCGCCCAGUUUACUGGCAAUUUCUCAUAUUUAUUUAUCACAAGCACAUUGCUGGGUGUAGCUGUUGGUUUACUGUGUGCUUACAUUAUAAAGACGCUAUACUUUGGCAGGCACUCUACUGAUCGUGAAGUUGCUCUUAUGAUUCUCAUGGCAUACCUUUCAUACAUAAUGGCCGAACUUUUCAAUUUAAGCGGCAUUCUCACUGUGUUUUUUUGUGGGAUUGUUAUGUCUCACUACACAUGGCAUAACGUGACUGAGAGUUCAAGAAUAACUACGAGGCACAGUUUUGCAACAUUAUCUUUUAUCUCAGAGAUUUUCAUUUUCCUAUAUGUUGGUAUGGAUGCCUUGGACAUUGAGAAGUGGAGAUUUGUGAGCAAGAGUCCUGGGACUUCAAUUGGGGUCAGUUCGAUACUGCUUGCCUUGGUUUUGGUUGGAAGGGCAGUUUCAAUAUUUUCCUUGUCCUUUAUAGUAAACUUUACUAAAAGUUCUCAAGGUGAUAAAAUUGGGUUCAAGCAGCAGGUUACCAUUUGGUGGGCUGGGCUCAUGCGAGGAGCUGUGUCUAUUGCUCUUGCUUAUAAUCAGUUCGCCAAGUCAGGGCAUACUCAAAUGAAAGGAAAUGCAAUCAUGAUCACCAGCACCAUUACGGUUGUUCUGUUUAGUAAUGUGGUGUUUGGAUUACUGACGAAGCCAAUUCUAAACUUCCUACUGCCGCCUCAGAAACACUCAGCCGAUGUGACACCCUUAGAAACAUCUUCUCCAAAAUCCCUGUCUCUCCCACUUCUUGCCAAUGGACAAGAUCCAGAAUCUGAUAUUCAUGGUGACAAUAUACCUCCCCGUCGUCCAUCCAGUCUGCGUAUGCUACUGGCAGCUCCAUCUACCACUGUACACUAUUAUUGGAGGAAAUUUGAUAAUGCCAUCAUGCGUCCUAUGUUUGGCGGGAGGGGAUUUGUGGCAUAUAUCCCUGGUUCACCUACAGAAAGGUACAUUCAUUGAUGGCAACAAAAAUGAAAAAAGUUACAUGGAUGAGAUGCACGAGUUUAUGACCUAUACAUGCUGUGUACAUAGUUAAGAAGAAAUUGUUGGUACAACUAAUUUGGCGUCCACGUUGAGAUCAGUAUUGAUGUAACUCCCCUGAUAAUGUGUACGGUCAUAUAAAGAUGCGGACAUUGUAGAAGUGCGCGAGAGGUGUUCAUGGAUCAGUUAAGGCCCGGCAGGUCAUUGCAGUUUUAUUGACAGAGAUGUCUAGUUUAGUUUAUUUACUGGUGUAGGGGUCUACAUAAUUUUUAAAAUUUGUUAAAAAUGUGGUUAAAACUGGAGUGACAGGUUGGGAUUGGGUUUGACCCUUAAUACCAGUUUUGUCCUAAUGAGCCCCUUACUAUGAGAAAUGUGGAGUCCAAGUUAAGACCA